ACGGAGAACUCAGUUAAAUAUCGAAACAAAACAGGGCGAUGUGGCGUUUUUUGGAAAUCUCGAAUGUCUUACUGUCGCUUCUUUUUAGUUCUAGAAUGGGGAACAGCCAGACCACUCUAAGAUUGUCUAAUGAUGCUGCUGUGAAUCAAAUACAGGAUAUUGUUUCACACAACUGUGUGGUGAUUUUCUCUAAAACAACAUGCCCAUACUGCAAAAUGGCAAAAAACUUGUUUGACGGUUUGAAUGUGAAUUACACAGCUGUGGAACUAGACAAAAAUACGAAUGGAAGGCAGUUCCAAGACGUUCUGGAACAGAUGACUGGUGGCAGAACAGUCCCCAGAGUGUUUAUCAAUGGGACUUGUGUUGGAGGUGCAACAGAUACUCAAAAGCUUCACGAGGAAGGCAAACUGCUUCCUUUAAUUCAUCAGUGUCAAAUGAAAGCAAAUUACUGAGCAACCAUCUCUAGCUUAGCUUUGUCUUCCUUUGUACGAACAGAAUUUCAGAUGAAUUCAGAAGAUCACAGACAUAGGGCACAAGCUGCACUCAACAACCUCAAACCAUGGCUUUCUGAAUUACAGAUCACUCUGACAGACUUUAUGGACUUGGUGAAUUACUUGGUGUCCUUGCCUCAGCUUUCCCACAACCUAAUGUUUAUCAUUAGCAAACAUUAUGUAACUCUUGGGGUUCUGAGUGAGACAGUGAUGUCCUUUCAUGGUGAUUGCAUCCUGCUCCAAGGAAGUCCUGCAGCCUCUGCAGAAAGAAUCCUGUGGGUUUUGCUGCACAUUAGUUUGCUUUCUAGCUUUGUCUCAAUAAAUUGUCAGUUUAAUUUAAUGGUUUCUUUAAAUAUAAUUUUUCUCUGUCAAACUGAAGUGUAAAGCAAACCCAACUUGUAGUGAUAUUGGUGUGUGUAUGUCUGCCUGUCUUGUAUUCCAGUCCCUGAUCACCCAGCUCCCAAAUUGUGUGUCCAGUGGAACAGAAAAGGGAAUAAAGAUCCUGGCAGCUUUAGAGAGUGAUAGCUUUCAUCUUUACUCUGCACUGGGAGGUGUCAGUCUAUACUCCAUUCAGGAAUGUCCUUCGGGGGGGGCAGGCAGCUCGGGCACUCAACUGCAGCUGCAGACUACAGUAAAACCAAUCCAACAAUAGCAUGAAACAUAAACCCAAGUGAAGCAGGUCUAAUAUGCAUAGAGUUUAUUUAGUACUUAAAUUCUACAGUCAGAAUGCAGUUUACUAGCCAUUUUAACUUUCAGUUACAUGUCUAAAAGAAAUUACUAAAAUUCCAUAGUUUCAGUACAAUGUACAUCCAAAGCCAGACCAGGCAAUGCCAAGACUCUUGGUUAUUUCAAAGAAGUUCAUAUGCAAGUAAAAAAUUAUAUCCCAUUCUUCAGUUAAAGGGACCAUUACACAACUAAAGGUGCACAUAUUAGAAUAAAAACAUUAGUCAAUUAAUUUUUUUACUCACUUUUUGUGAAUUAAGACUCCUGUUAUUUCCAUUGCUUUCAGCAUUGCAUGUACCUAAACUAAUUCUUCCCCUCAAGGGAAAAAAACAUCAAUCUUUAAUUCCAGCUAACUAGGAUGGCAAAAGUAUCAUUUAAACUUGACAGCUUCAUUUUUGUGAUGCAGGUUUGAACUAAGUUUCAACUGCAUCAUUUGUACAAAGUCUUUAGUAUAGAGUUGCCUGCAUGGUGCAUCUUUAAUAUGGAAUUGGCUAAUUCUACACACUGACCUUGUUUCAUUUUAGUUAUUGCAGUUUACUGUAUGGUGUGCAUCUCUGAAUUUACACUUAAUAAAGCAAUUUAUUUUGCACAUACA